AUGAAAAUAGCGGCCGAGCCCAUCUGCGUCAAGCAGCCGCUGCAGGCGCUGGCAGGCCGCUCGUUCGAGCGGCUUUGCGAGUUGGGCCUCUCCUCGCGACCGGCGAGCUGGUACUCGGCCAAGGAGGUCAAGGCCGCGUACCGGCAGCUCUCGCUGCAGCUGCACCCCGACAAGAUUCGCGGCGCUUCCCCUGAGGCGAGGCGAGAGGCGGAGAACCGCUUCAUGAGGGCCAGCCCUCUGGGCAUAGAAAUCAGCACCUCAUCAGGCUUCCCUGAGCGUCACAGCUCGGUGAUCGCGCCGGCCGGACACCACUGA